AUGUUUAAUAACUUACUAUACACUACUAUUGACACUGGUUUUCUAACAGUUGGCAAUUACUCGGACUACGAGCACCUGGGUCUAAACCAACCUGAAUGUGGAUUAGUUGGACCAUUAGGUGCCAACCAAUACGAUCCCAAGUGUUUCCGUUUUCAUAGCGAUAAUAGUAGAAUCAUUGCGGGCACCGAUAGUCUAGCAUCACCAUGGACAGUUAAGCUUGUAUUUGUCGAUCCAACGGGUCGGCAUAAUGAUGGCCUAUGCACUGGUGUAUUGAUAACCUUACAGUUUCUACUGACAGCUGCCCACUGUCUGGAUCAAUACGAAAAAUUUGAACUCCAUGUCUACGAACCGUUCAAAAUCGGUGAUUUCUGGGGCUCCCGACCCGCCGACUCGGCCUAUUGGUACAAACAUCCGCUCUACAAAAACUGGACAAUUGAUAAAUCGCGGCUCAAAUACAACCUGGCACUGGUACGUCUGGAUCAUCCGUUUAGGCGAUACGAAUUUCAAACGGGUAAGUGGAGCUCCAAUCCCGUAUGUUUGCCUGUGGCCAACAUAACCAAUGGACCGCCCAGUGCGGACACUGGCCGUUUGUUUGGUUGGGGUGUAGUCGACGAUGGUAGAGAGGAAAAGGAGAUUGUUAGACAAAUGUCGGUAAAGUUGUCGGCAAACUCCCAGUGCAAUCAUACAGAGUUGUUGUGUUUGAGCUACGAUUCAGGUGCUCGUCCAUGUAGGGGUGACGAUGGCGGUCCGAUUGUCCAAUACAAACCAAUCUACUGGAACUCGAGCCGUGCCAUACUGGCCGGCCUGCAUACCGAUCGGCUACCGCCGGGCACCCGAUGUUCGAGACAAAACGCUGCAUACGGUGUACCGAUAUCGCCGUGGAUGGACUGGAUUCUGGAACAGAUCCUAAUUGUUAGCCAAUUCCCGCCCGACGAAGAUAGAGCUGCCGGUGCCGAUGAUGAUGGUGGUGGUGGUGGUGGUGGUGGUGGUCGUAAAAAAGGUAUCACUGGAUCGGGCACUGGUCGGCACUCGCCUACAAAAAAAACCUAA